CGAAGAUGACCCCUGGCUGGGUGCUGCUCUGCCUGCUCCCGGCCGUGCGGGCCGCGGACGAGCGGAGCUCCGGGGCGGCCCUAGCGGGCCCCAAUGCCUCACACUUCUUCUGGAACAACUACACCUUCUCAGACUGGCAGAACUUCGUGGGCCGGAGGCGCUAUGGGGCCGAGUCCCAGAACCCCACGGUGAAAGCCCUGCUUAUCGUGGCUUACUCUUUCAUCAUCAUCUUCUCGCUCUUUGGCAAUGUUCUGGUCUGUCAUGUCAUUUUCAAGAACCAGCGGAUGCACUCGGCCACCAGCCUCUUCAUCGUCAACUUGGCCGUCGCCGACAUCAUGAUCACGCUCCUCAACACCCCCUUCACUUUGGUCCGCUUUGUGAACAGCACGUGGGUGUUUGGGAAAGGCAUGUGCCACGUCAGCCGCUUCGCGCAGUACUGCUCCCUGCACGUCUCCGCCCUCACGCUGACGGCCAUCGCUCUGGACCGCCACCAGGUCAUCAUGCAUCCGUUAAAACCUCGGAUCUCAAUCACAAAAGGUGUCAUCUACAUCUCAGUCAUCUGGACCAUGGCAACGUUCUUUUCACUCCCACACGCUAUCUGCCAGAAAUUAUUUACCUUCAAGUACAGUGAGGACAUCAUCCGCUCCCUGUGCCUGCCAGACUUCCCUGAGCCAGCCGACCUCUUCUGGAAGUACCUGGACUUGGCCACUUUCAUCCUGCUUUACAUUCUGCCCCUUCUCAUCAUCUCCGUGGCCUAUGCCCGUGUGGCCAAGAAGUUGUGGCUGUGCAACACCAUUGGCGAUGUGACCACGAAGCAGUACCUGGCCCUGCGGCGCAAGAAGAAGAAGACCAUCAAGAUGCUGAUGCUGGUGGUGGUUCUCUUUGCCCUCUGCUGGUUCCCCCUCAACUGCUAUGUCCUCCUGCUGUCUAGCAAGGUCAUCCGCACCAACAACGCCCUAUACUUUGCCUUCCAUUGGUUCGCCAUGAGCAGUACCUGCUACAACCCCUUCAUCUACUGCUGGCUCAACGAGAACUUCAGGGUUGAGCUGAAGGCGCUGCUGCGCAUGUGCCAGAGGUCACCCAAGCCUCAGGAGGGGCAGCCACCCUCCCCUGUGCCCUCCCUCAGGGUGGCCUGGGCGGAGAAGAGCAGCGGCCGCAGGGCUCCUCCAGCCAGCAGCCUCCUGCCGUCCUCCCAGGUACAGUCUGGGAGGACAGACCUGGCAUCCGUGGAGCCCACUGUGACCAUGACUUAGAGGAGGAGGCAGGGAAGGGGUGGGGGUGAGGGGCUCUGUCUGCCGAGGAGGAUGGCAGAGCGCUUGAGAACAGAGCCUGGAAAAGAGUCUGUCCUGACACAUGAUGAACUUCGCAUGCCAGAAACAAGUUCCUGCAGAAGCCCGAGGUCAUUUGAGUUCCUAUACAACUCUGUCCAGCCUCUUUGCUCCAUUAGAGAAAACAAAAAGCUCAACAUAUACUGGUGAAUUUCUGUCUGAGACAUGCUGGUUCCCUGAGCCAGAGGACCCGGCACAGCUGCUGCUCACAUAGGGAUUGAGUUAGGCAACUGCUGCCAGCAGUCAGGUAGCCACCUUAUAACACUCCCCACCACUGAUCACUCGUGAUGGACCCCGGAGUCAGACUUGGGGUGUGCACAACCUAGGGGCACAGCACUGCUUGAGACAGGACCAUUGGCCAGUGAGAGGUUCACCAGGCAGAGCCGGUGUGAGCUUUGAAUGCCUUGCUUUCUGAAGUCGCUGGAGCAAGAUGAAUCCCAGUUCUAUGGAGGCCCAACACAUGACAAGAAAGGGAUGACUGGGUUCUUUACUUUAGUAAACAGGAAUUACUGAGUUUCCUUAAAACAAAGAAAAACUCUCAUUGAAAGUUUGAGAAACAUUCAGAAAAGCACAAAGAGGAAAAUAAAAACUACCCCCUUCUCCCACUAACUUGUGAUAAGUUCUGUCAAAAUGCUAUGGAUUUCUUGGCAACUUUUUUUCUGUAUGUGUGCGUCUGUGAUUUUUGUUUCAUGUUGAAUUACAGUUUUCCAUUUAGAAAUAAGAAAUAUGAGCAUAGCCGAGAACUCCUGAACCCCUCUCCCAGGAGUAAUAUCUACUGGAAGAGUGAGAUGAGGUGGGAGAAGAGCCCAACGAGAAAACUGUCCCAGAGCAGACAGACUGCGUUCAUCCUGCAACCAGUGGUGGGAAGAGCCUGGUUAAAGGACCUCUCUUGGGAUGGUGGCCAUUACGAUAAACCAGAAACAGAACUCAUCCAAGAGAUACAAUUCUUCCUCUCCUGCAAUCUCACAGAACAAGAUUGAUGAAAUACUGCUCUGCUUUUGCAGGAGAUGAGAAAGCAGGCUUUCCAACAUGCUCCCAGCUGUCUAGACAGGCUGUUUCUCCUCUGUGUUGUCUGAAUAGUAAGGCUUUUUCACACCAAUUUCCACAAGACAGCUCACAUUCAACCUUACUCUGGUGGCUCACAUGUUACUUAUCAAAACCUAUGGCAUUGUGAUGGUCCUUAAUAACUAAGCUUGCCAGAGAAACCUCAUUCCAGAGAUGAUGAGUGUUUUCAUCACCUGCCGUCUGGUCCUGAGUGUCACAGUGUCACCCAGGAGAGAGAUGCCCCAGGCAGAGGAGAGCUUCAUUCACCAGCCCUAAGCAAGUGCUGCUCUCACGCUUGUUCAAGGUUUCUUUCUAGCAACCAGAGAGAUUCUGAAAGCAAACAAUAGCCAUGGAGCUGAGUGGAAAACUGAGGCUCAGGGAGAAGGGGUUUGUCUGAGGUUCACUUAGAUCUCUUGGCUGUUAACUGGACUUUGUCAUAUCAUCUGCUUCCCUAAAACAAAUCAUGGGGGUUCAUUAUUACUAUUCUCUCUGUUUUGGGGGUGUUUGAAAAUUUCAAGCUGUAAAGUUUAAAAAAUCAUCUUCUGAACAGUGGGUAAAAAAGUGACUUUCAUGGGACGUGCAUGCUACAUUGCUUCAGUUGUGUCUGAUUCUUUGCAACCCUGUGGACUGUAGCCUGCCAGGCUCCCCUCUCCAUGGGAUUUUCCAGGCAAGAAUACUGGAGUGGGUUGCCAUUCCCUUCUAGAAAGGAUCUUCCUGACCCAGGGAUCAAACCCGGGUCUCCUGCACUGCAGAUAAGUUCUUUACCGUCUGAGCCACCAGGGAAACCCAUAGGUUCCAACUUCAUGGGAGAGAGGGAGGCUUUUAGGCCCAUAGGGAUACCAGGAGGGUGUUUUUCCAGCCCAAAUGGCUCCCAAGCCUGAGCCUAUUGUCCUUUAAUGCUGUCAUGGCAUCCUUUGAAGCAGAAAGAGAGCAAGUGGCAGAGAUAUGGAAAGUUUGUCCUGCUCUGAAAUCAGAUGAAAAGUUUACCUUCGCUUCUUCCUCUCUGAGGGCCUGUAGAAAUGCUGCCAAGUCACAGGGAAGGUCUUUCUCUGGUGGAAGUCCCGCCCCAUUAAGAUCUGGGUCUGCUGUCAGCUCUCCGUCUCCCAUCUCCCUCCACUUCAUCGACCUUCCCUGUGUGUCUCAGAGCAGAAAGUGCUUUGUGUUUAUGAAAGUGACAUGUGUUACCCUGGAACCUCUGCACUGUGCUGUCGUGAAGACUUGACUGUAACUUGUUCCAGUGUCAAUAAAAUACAUAGUGGCUGUGUGGCUUGU